AUGAGCGACAACGGAAGGCCUUCUACUGAGUUCGUUACCCCUAGCAGCAACUUCGGAAGGCCUUCUACUGGGUUUGUUACUCCCAGCAGCAACUUCGGAAGGCCUUCUACUGGGUUUGUUACCCCCAGCAGCAACUUCGGAAGGCCUUCUACUGGGUUUGUUACCCCCAGCAGCAACUUCGGAAGGCCUUCUACUGGGUUCUUUACCCCCAUCACCGACUUUGGAAGACGUUCUAUUGAGUUCGUUACCCCUAGCAGCGCUUCUGCUGGUUCUCCUGCCCCACGCCCAUAUGAGUUGGACUGGGGUGAGAUACGUACCCGCCUCGACAUGCAGAAGAACCAGAUACAGGAUACCAUGUGCUUGGAUGAGUGCAAAAACAGGGUGAUACAAGCCGAGAUAGGUAUGCUCGAGGAGGUGGGGAGGGGCAUGGGGAAGUGA